CAGCCAAAAAGGAAGGACCGUCAAACUCUCGUCAGAAAUUCGUCGUCGUCGCGGGCGAAGAAAAAAAAAAGUGUGUGCGUAAUUUUGACCUGGUUCCGCAGCGCGCCGGAAGCUGUGCAAUAUUUGCGGGGGAGGACGGUGCGGUGCCCAAAACCAUGGGGAAUCCAGAACAACGGGAGUGAGUUUGGUCGUGAUUGGGGAAGGAAGAAAGGUGGAGCAAAAUCGUCCGAAUCGCAUCGCCAACCAUGAUGGAGAACAAAAGUGGCAGCAGCAGCAGGAAGGUGGCCACGGCCACCGUCGUCACCGAUCGUAGCAACCUGCGGCGGAACGAGCAGUAAUUUUUUCUUCUGACAUUUCGAGGCAGUGCUGACAGAUCAAUCGGGUUUGUUUGGUUUUUCACGGCGACGACCCGCGCGGAUUGUUUACCAAAAUGUGAGAGAGUUUCCUCGGACGUCGCAGCAAAAGGGAAAACUUUUAUUUUUAUUUGUUACCGAAGAGAUUUCAAAAUAGUUUUUAAACCAAAUCGCGUGUGUGUAGUACAAAAUUGCGCGGAACCUCGCUCAACCGAGUUGAGACGUCAAAAUUUGUUCAAAUUCAAAGGGUCGUUCGUGUGUGAGUGAGUGCGCGCGUUAAAACCCGGAAGUAACCGAAGAUUUCAGGCCGUCCCCAACCCGAAUGAGAUUGCCGGCAGGACCACGAUGGGCAACUGCAUCGGCAUCAACCGGAACGAUCCGGAAACGCUGGACACCGGCUCGGCGAACGUAACCCGGCCAGUCACGGGAACCACCUCCGGCUACGUGGGUACCCAGCGCAAGAACCACCCCCUGUGCCACGAGACGAUCCGCUGGAAGUCCGAGGUGCCGCUGACGGAGGGCCAGCUGCGCAGCAAGCGGGACGAGUUCUGGGACACCGCUCCGGCCUUCGAGGGCCGCAAGGAGAUUUGGGACGCGCUGCGGGCGGCCACGUUUGCCGCCGAGGCGCUCGACUUUCAGCUGGCGCAAGCCAUCCUGGACGGGGCCAACAUCUCCGUCCCGAACGGGUACCUGACCGAGUGCUACGACGAGCUCGGCUCGCAGUACAAGCUGCCGAUCUACUGCUUGUCCUACCCGAUCAACAUCGUGAAGGAGGAUUACGGGCGGGACUCGCCCGCGGAAUACUCGGAACCGGUCGACGGAGGUACUGAAAUCGUACUGAAGCUGCGACUAUCGUCCACGUGUACAGAUGUGAAAUUACCAGUUUAUUCUAAAGACACAAUCGGUCAGUGUAAAAAGAAGUUACAGGCCCAGGAGGGAAUCGAUGCAUUUACACAGCGAUGGUUCUACGGGGGCAAGCUGCUAGGUGAUAAGAUGCACAUUGAGGAGGCCCACAUACAGCCCGGCUACAUUGUGCAGGUCAUUGUAAAUACGGAAAAACAAUCGCUGGCGAUUAGCUAGCCAAGAAACCACAAUCGACGCCCCCGCAGCAGCAGCAUUGCAGGUGGAGACCGGUCCCAACAGCAACAAUCGAGAAGACGACAAAGAAGAAGCAGAAGACGAUGCGGCGACCAGAACCGACCAAGGCGGCUGCAGCCGGAAUGCGCCGACGCCGGAGGGAUGGAGGUGGUCGUGCUCGUGCCCAAUCCGGCCGCCGGCUGCCAGAGUCGGGAUGUGUUAAUAUCUAUUAAAUACUAUUCAAAUUGAGGUUCGAGCGAGAGAGACAGAGAGAGGUUUCGAUACUGCUGCGGAAUGCAGCAGGCAGCAGCAGUAGCAGUUUUUAACGUGUGAAGCAGACACUUUGUGGAAAACGCUAAUGAUUAUGAUAAUAAUAAAGAAACUAAUUUAAGUAAACAAAUAGUUAUUACUAUACCGCUAAGAAGUAAAUAAUAUAUUAUUGAACAAUAACAAAGCAUAUUUAAAUUUUA